UCAGGCAGGCUUCACAACAAAACUCGUUAGUGGCGUCGGAUUGAAAAAAUCGAUUGAUAGUUGAAAAAAGUGAUUUUUGUUCCGUUUUCCGCCGCAAAAAGAGUGAAAAAGUUGCACAAAUGUUAUUGAAGUGUUUCUAAUUGUAUCUACGCUAAAGAUCUGUUCGUUUUAAACGUUCAUCGCACCCAUGGAAUCGGAAACGGCGGAGGGAUCCGCACCGGUUUCUGGCUCAACCGGCGAUAAACCAAAGGCACCAAUCACAAUCGAUGUCGAAUCGGAAGAUGAGGUGGUUUUGCAAAUAAAGUCGGAAAAUCAAGUGCCGGUUGUUGCUAGCGGAUCUGAUACCACGGAUGAUGAAAAGAUGCCGAGUGAGAAGGAACGAAAACUUCCACUAGUAAUUCCCGUGGAUGAGGAUGAAGAACAUGUUACAGUUGCGGCGAAUAUUGCCGACAGUAAGCCUGGUGCAGAUGAGAAGCAAGAUGGGGAUAAAUUGUCGCCAAGAAAGAGAAGAAAGCCGGAGAUAAUUUCGUUGGAUGAAGAUGAUGAGGCACAGACGGCUGCGGAAAUGAAUCCAGUGCCUAUAGUAGAUAAACCGGACGAAGAGGUAGUCGAAAAAGAGAAUAAGGAUCAAUCAGAGAAAGGAACCAACGAAACAGAGGCUGAGGUACCAGAAAUUGCAGAUGAACCUAAAGCAAGUAUAUCUAAUGUAGAAGGAGAUGCAGACAUGGCAAAAGAUGAGGAAAAAAGGUCGCCAAGCAAAAGUAAAUUGCCUGAAGUAAUUUCGUUAGAUGAAGAAGAGGAGGUAGAACCGGACGGUAAAAUAGAACAAAAUCCUGUAUUGAAUCAAGACGAAAGUGUACUCGAAAAAGAGGAAACCGAGCUAUCGAAGGAAGUUAUCCACGAAGCUGAAGUAUGUAUGGAAUCAUCAGUAACUGAUGAACCAAAGGAAAUUAUGUCGAAAGAGACAGAAGAAGAUGUAUCGGAUGACGACGUUAGUUUGUCGCUAAGAAAGAAAAAGUCUAAAGCUAUUUCAUUAGAUCAAGAUGAGAUACAAUCGUCCGAUAAAAUAGAACCAGAGCCCAAAUUAGAUAAUCCUGACGAAAUAAAGCAAAUCGAUCAAUCUGAUGAAGCUAACAACGAGACAGUAGAAGCGAAGAAAUCAGAGGAGAUCGAUGAACAUGUAGAACCAAUAUGUGAAGAAAAAGUUGAAGUAGACCUCCCGAAGGAUGUUUGUAAUGAUAAUGAAGAGGAAACAGCAAUUGAUGUCAAAACGGAUACUGAUGAACAGGACAUUUCAAGCAACGAUCCUAAUGAAGAAAAGCGAACCUUAGAUAAAAUCGAUGAAACUGAAAAUCCGGAUUCCUCUCAAACACAUCAUGAUGCGGUUUUAGUCGAAGACAUGUCAAAAUGCAAUAAGCCUGAAACUGACGAAAGCAUCGCUCAGAUUGAGGAUAGAAAUGAAACGUCUGAAGACGUAAAGCAUUCGGGGGAUUCCAGUGAAAAUGAAAUAAGUGAAUCAAUCCCGAAAGCGGAAGAAGGUGAGGAAUGUGAUAAAUCCAUUUCCAGUCCACCAACUGCAAAGGAAACAUUGGAUUCAAGUUCACCACAAGAAAAUGAAAAAUCCAGUUCAAGUCCCCCUAAAACAAAUGACAAGGAUCCAAUAGAGACAGUCGAUGAUGCCAAAACGAUCGAUAUUGCUUGUGAGACGAAAAUAAGCAAACACGACGAAGAUGACGAUGAUGUUAUAAUGAUUGAUUGUGAGCCUGAUGUCGCUGAUAGCUCAAAAGCAGAUGAAGAGAAAGUAAAAGAUUCGGAGACAUCUGAGAAAACUGCUGAUUCCGAAUCAAAUGCCAAAAAAACUUCAGUUACUGAUUCUGUAAUCGAGGUAAGUGAUUUUAAAUCUUCAGAAGGUACAGAGAUAGUAAAAGACACAAAGAAGGACGAUGAUGUUUCUACAUCAUCUGAAAAGGAAUCUGACCAAUCUGCCGAAAAAAAAGGGACAGACAUAUCUGACUGCACCAAAAAUAUUGAAGCGGAAAAAACCUUUGUAUUGGACGAAAAGUUAGGCAUUUUCCAAGAGAAAGCCGCUCAACCAGAAGAGAAGAUUCCUCAGCUCAUUUCGGGCGAUUCGGACGAAGAUGUGGUAAUGAUUGAAGAUGACGACCCAGCGCCACAGAAGAAAGCUGCUAUUAUCAAAAAACCUGAUUCCAAAGUAGCGUCUAGCAAGCUGAUAAUUGACCCUAAACUGGUCAAACCAAAAGCACCCAAGGUGGCAAGUGUUGACUGUGUUAAUCCGGAGUGCAAGAAGCAAUCGAAGGAGACGGCACCCGCUCCUGGCUUUGUGCUAAGUUUCUUCGGUGUGUCUAAAAAGUGCAAAAGACAACGCGUCUGUGUGGUUUGUUACGAUAACGUUGUUCUGAAAUAUUCUGAAAUGUGUGGAACUAUAGUCGAUCAACAGCCGCUCCUGUUUUGUACUAUGCCUCAGAAGAACGAGUUGGUGGAAAUCUCAGACAGCAGCGAGGAAGAGGAUGACGAUACUAAGCAGGAAUCGGGAAAAGCCCUCCCGUCCGAUCUCAUAUCGUUAGUGGAAACUGAACUAGAGGAUAUCCUAGCGAGCACAUUUGAAAAAAUCAACCUGAGCCAGCAAAUAGACUGGACUGAACAAAUAAUGAAACAAAAAAUUGCUUACAACACAAAACUAUCCGACGAAAUCAACAAUGAACUGAACGAACUGCAGCGAAAAGUGGAUCGCAUUCACUUGAAUCUAUACUCCAAGUCUCGUCCGAAAUAUCACGACCUUCCACCGUGUAACAUCUUCCACGAAGUCGAUCUGCUACAUAGAAAUCAGAAUGUCAUGUUCCCACAAAGCACUUUGUCCGCUCAGCAAACGCCUCGUCAAUUUUCUCCACAGAAGGCUCAACCGGCACCACAACAACAACAACAGCAGCAACAACCAUUGAAACAACCGAGCUUCAGCAGUCAAAACGUAUCGGCCUCCAUAACCCCGAUAAAUAAGAGCGAAGAAUUUGUUAGACCAGCUGUUGUCGUUGGUCAGUUCUAUUUUGCUGUGAAACAUAAACUGCUGAGUAACUGGUCCGAGUGUCAGGUUGUCGAGGCGGUCAACGUGUCGGAUAAAUCGCUGUACAAAAUAAAUUUUUUGCAUAACCAAGGCGGUGGAUCUGCUCCGAUCAAAGUCGUUCCGGCCAAGUACCUGGCAUAUCGACAUUCAUUUAACGUUAAACUGCCGCUUGGAACGCGUGUUAUUGCUCGGUUCGAUGCAGGUACCACGCAACCGUCGUAUAAGGUAGCACACGUUACCAAGUCCAACACGUUCUAUCCGGGAAUCAUCGCAGAAUCGUUCGGAAAGUAUAAUCGCCAUCGGUACUUGAUAUUUUUCGACGACGGUUACGCUCAGUACGUGAGUCACGGUGAUGUGCGAGUGGUUUGUGAAGAGUCCAAGGAUGUGUGGCUAGAUAUCCACCCUCACUCGCAAGACUUUAUCAGAAACUAUCUGUUGAAUUACCGAUCUCAAAGGCCAAUGGUACAGGUCAAGGUUGGUCAAAGAAUCAUCACAGAAUGGAAGGGUAAGUGGAUCUAUGCCAAAGUGGUCGACAUCGAUGCCAGUUUGGUGCAGUUGCUCUUCCCGGAAGAUAACCGAUUCGAAUGGAUCUAUCGUGGGUCGACUCGCCUCGGUCCUCUGUAUCAGGAGAAGGCCCUCAGCAUGAGUAAGAUGAGUAACAAUAAAUUCUCAAAAUUUCAAAAAAGAAACGAACCCUCAAUCGAAUAUAUUACUCUCGAUGACGACGAAGAUGAAAACGACGAAAACAAACAGCAAUCGGAAGCGAAAAAGCAAACCACUCCCCAGGAACAAGCACUUCAAAGCUACCAGUUUCAGAGCAAAACUCUUCAGCAACAAAAUCAACAAACAAACGAACAAAAUCAGACGGAUGCAUCCUCAAUCCGAUCGGUGGCCAAAAAAAGCACCUUCCAUCGUGCUGUACCAACUUCACAGCCUUCCGCGGUGUUUAUGAACAGUUCCACCAUUUACUGCGAAGAUGAUCGCCCCAAAGGCAAAAUAGUGUACUACACCGCCAAAAAGCACCUUCCCCCGCUCAAAUACAAGCCACAUGAGUGUAAUCCAAACUGUCUGUUCAAAAUAACGCACAAUCUAAAAUCGUACAGCCCGCUGGCGAAACCGCUGCUAUCCGGAUGGGAACGGCAGCUAUGCAAAACGAAGUACAAAAAGGUGUACGUCGUGUAUCGGGCCCCUUGUGGUAGACGGCUGAGGAACAUGUACGAGCUGCACAAGUAUCUCCGGUUGACGCAGUCCACUCUUAAUGUGGAGAAUUACGACUUUGAUGCGAUCAUCCAUUGUCUGGCGGAGUACGUGAUCGAGAAUCACAUCUAUCACAAUCCGGAUCUCUCCGACGGGCGUGAGUUCAUGGCAGUUCCGUGUGUAAACUACUUUGACGACACGAAACCACCACCGUGCAUUUACUCAACGGAGCGCAUCCCGUCCGAGGGUGUCCACCUUAAUCUGGACACGGAUUUUCUGUGCGGUUGCGACUGCGAAGACGAUUGUAUCGAUAAAACCCGUUGCCAGUGCUGGCAGCUCACGAUCGCCGGCGCUAAGUUUGGCAAUCCAAGCACAUCGAUUGACAACAUCGGUUACGUGUACAAGCGCCUGCAGGAGACGGUGGUGACGGGGAUUUACGAGUGCAAUGCCCGGUGUAAAUGUAACAGCAGCUGUUUGAAUCGAGUGGUACAGCAUCCGCUGCAGACGAAGCUGCAGGUGUUUAAAACAAGCAAUCGGGGCUGGGGUAUCCGCUGCUUGAAUGAUGUUUCGAAGGGAAGCUUCAUCUGUAUCUACUCGGGACAUCUGCUGACCGAGGAAGCAGGAAACAUGAUCUGUCAGAUGAACGCUAAUAAAGCGGGUGAUGAGUAUUUUGCCGAUUUGGAUUAUAUCGAAACGGUCGAGCAGUUGAAGGAAGGCUACGAAACGGAUGUGGUUGAGUCCGAGAGCGAAGCCGACAGCGAUGAAGCAGAUUACGAUUCAAAGCGAGAUUCCGAUGCUUCGGAUGACGAAUUCAAGACAAACUGCAACCCUUCAAAUGCCGUAGUUAAAACAAGAUCCCAGGCCAGAAGGGAUAAUACGAGAAGAGCGGAAGCGAAGGCGGAAAAGAUGAAACUUAAUAAAAAGAAGGAAGAUACCAAGGCCGGAUCCGAUGACGAGCGUGAAAUGGUGAACUUGGUUCCGGAUUCCGAGAUGAUGCCAAAGAGCGAUGAAUCGAAUUCUGCGAUGAAGUAUCGCUCCGUCCGUAAGCUCUUUGGGAAACAUGAACAAAUCUACAUUAUGGACGCGAAAAAGUCCGGAAAUUUAGGACGAUACUUUAAUCAUUCCUGCAAUCCAAAUCUGUUCGUUCAGAAUGUAUUUGUCGAUACGCACGAUCUUCGCUUCCCGUGGGUGGCUUUCUUUGCGCUGUCCAACAUUCGAGCCGGUUCUGAACUGACCUGGAAUUACAACUAUGACGUAGGUUCCGUACCUGGAAAGGUUUUGUACUGUCAGUGUGGCGCCGAAAGUUGUCGUCAGCGAUUGCUGUAAUGUCACCCACAGGUUAGUUUCUCUUUUAUAGUCGCUAGAAUUGUGUUAUGUGUUACUGUACGAAUAUCGUGGGCAUAAGUAAUAGUUUUAUGAAAUAAAAACUCCAGUCAUAAGCUAAAUUUUAGAUCAACAAGAA